CUGGUUUAUUUAUAUAUUCCUAGUAUACAUCCCGGUGAUAUUUAUCCCUACACACGGAAACCGCUUUUCCUCAUCGUGGACAGUAACAACAGCAGUGGUUUCAAGAAUUUUCAAAGUCUUUUCGGCCAACCCGUGGUCACCCUGCUCUCACCCGAGACUGUGCCAACUCGGAUUGAGGAUCAACGAGAGCGGGGUAACCUCUUCACUCUCUUCCUCUACUGCCCUCUGACCGCCUACUGCUACGUCUGUGGGCUCACCUCCAUCAGUCUAAAGACCUGGGAGCGCGGCCAGUCAAUUAUUGACACCUUCCUGAGCGAAAGCAGUCGGAUUCUGCUGCGCUCAAGGAGUCUACAUCCCUCCUUCACCCACUUCCUCGGAGUGGACUUUCUACGCGUCUUCAUCCUCCGCUACUGUUUCUGCAGCAUGGUACUCCAGAUGCAUCGAGACUUCCGCGGUCCCUCCUUCUACCCCGCCUGUUAUCCCCCUCUGCCAGAGUCGGAACUGAUGGAGAGCCACCUGCUGCAGAAACUCUUCUUCGAUCUGGCCACCCUCUUCGACUCUGUGUCCCUUUUUGCUACAGCGAGUAAGUCCAGCGCGCACGCCCUCCCGCGGUCGCUAUAA